CCGCCAACCCUGCCUUCAAAGUUGAAACAUUUGGAUCUUUCAUCCAAUAAUCUGGAGGGUCCUUUAGCAAGAAGCAUCGCACAACUUAGGCAAUUAGUUGUCCUCAAUGUUGCUUGGAACUCUUUCAAUGACUCAAUUACUGAACAUUUCUUGAAUUUCAGUGAUUUGAGAAUGUUAGACUUGUCAUCCAACUCAAUUAUCCUCAAUAUAACUGCAACUUGGAUGCCUCCUUUUCAACUUGACAUUAUUGGCCUGAUGUCUUGCCAACUUGGUACACAGUUUCCUCAGUGGCUUCAUACACAAAAGGAUUACUCAUUUAUCGAUAUCUCUCAUGGUAGCAUCUCAAAUGAAGUGCCUGAUUGGUUCUGGAGUCUCUCUGCAAAGGUACAGCACAUGAACCUUUCUCUCAACUAUUUCAGAGGGGAAGUACCUCAAGUUACAUCAAGACUUGAUAGUCUUGAAAAACUAGACCUGAGCCAAAACAACUUUUCUGGUCCUUUACCUCAUUUUUCGUCCAAGAUGAAGAUGUUGAUUUUGUCCCGGAAUUCUUUUAAUGGCGCCAUUUCCCCUGUAUGUGAAUCACUUGUCAUGAAUAAUUCUCUUAUGUUUUUAGACCUAUCGUUCAAUAAUCUAUCAGGAACACUUUCAGACUGUUGGAGAUAUGGGAACAAUCUGGCAGUAUUAAAGUUAGGCUAUAAUAAUCUGUCUGGUGAAAUACCUCAUUCUUUUGGAUAUCUUGAAACUCUCAGGUAUCUGCAACUGAAAAACAACAGGCUGUCCAAAAAUCUGCCUUCAUCACUGAAGAACCUACAAGGACUAAAAAUUCUUGAUCUUUCCGGAAAUUGUUUAUCUGGAAAGAUACCAUCUUUCUUAGGGGAGACUUCACAAAAUCUAUUGGUUCUUUUGUUAAGAAAGAACAAGUUCGAUGGAAACAUUCCCCUACAGAUUUGCCAGCUCAAAAACUUGAUUAUUUUGGACCUUAGUUCCAAUUCUCUAUCAGGCACCAUUCCAAAGUGUGUUAAAAAUUUCCUAAUGAUGGCUGGGGUAGAGGAGCUCCCUUCCUUGGUUUAUGGUCCCUAUGAAGAAUACAGGAAGGAUGUGGCGUUGAUGCUAAAAGAGAGAGGCUAUGAUUAUAGUUUUGCCUUUAUGGCGGUGAUUGAUCUAUCAGAUAACCAUUUAUCAGGGGAAAUUCCUGAGGAAAUCACCACACUUGUUCAAUUGCAGGUAUUGAAUUUAUCAAGGAAUAAUUUAACUGGAGCAAUUCCUUGUAAGAUUAGUAAAAUGCAAUCUUUGGAAGCUCUUGAUGUUUCCUGGAAUCGUCUGUCAUCCUUCUUGCCUUCCAGCAUAGUGGAGCUUUCCAGGCUCGAGAUCGCGAAUUUUUCGUUCAAUAGUUUGACAGGAAAAAUUCCAAUAGGUGGUCAAUUUUUAACCUUUGAAAAUAGUUCUUAUAUUGGGAAUCCAGAUUUGUGUGGCAUGCCACUUUCCAAAAGCUGCUCGGGACAUUUUCUUGAGGACAUUACUCACUGUAACUCUCCCAAGAAAAAAGACGUGCAGGCCAUUCAUCAGCAUGAGGAAGACAAUUGGCUUGAUGAAUCAUCAUUCUAUAUCAGCAUGGUAAUUGGUUUCAUCACAAGUUUCUGGUUAUUUUGGGCUACUCUAUUAGUGAAAACAUCUUGGAGACAUUCCUAUAUGAGGUAUCUUAAUAAAAUGGGCAACAAUAUUUAUGUGUUUGUAGCCAUAAGAUUACCAAAUAAGCAUAAACCAUCAAAGAUGAAAGAUUGAAGUUCUUUCAGGGAUUGCUGAAUAAGGUAAUGAAGGUCUUAUUUCUGGUGCAACUUUCUUUUGUUGUUUUGUUUUCUAGGAGCUCUUCUGGUUUUGUUUUUGUAAAAUCUUCUAAGUACUAUAUUGUGUAUGCCUAGUUGCAUUGUUUCAUCUCGUGGGAUUGUACUAGGUAUGUUGUUGUUGUAGUCAUAAUUGUAUUCUAUGAUAUGUUUUGUGGAUAUCUAAGUAACUUGAGAA